AUACCCUGAGUUAACGAAAACUCUGGGUUUUCGGUUUCACAAAGCGAGUUUAGAUUAAUUCUGAGUGAGUUACUAUGACGACACACUCCGUGAAGCUAACCUGCCCCCUAGCAGGUUUACUUCAACUAACCCUGACCUUCUCCGCCUCUUUGUCGGAAACCUGACUGUAGGAAGUGUCAGACAUGGCGUGCCCCUUCCUUGAAGAGCCAGUAGAUGUUGAAGCCCAAAUUCUCCGCAGAGCUCUCCGCCAGGAGAGAGUGAUUAGAGCGCGUUUGGACAUUUUAUCAUUUCCUGAUGAUUUUCUGUGUGAACGUUACUGUUUUUCAGCACAAUCUAUAAUUUAUUUGAAUAACAUCCUCAGGCCUUAUAUUGCUCAUGUGACACACCGCGGACAUUCUCUCAGUUCUGUACAUAUUAUUUGUAUUGCACUUCGUUUUUUUGCAAACGGGAGCUUGCUGUAUAAUACUGGUGAUGCUGAGCACGUUUCCAAGGCUACAGUCUGUUGGGCAGUCAGGAAUGUUACAGUUGCACUGAAACGUCUCCUGUACUCGUUUGUGGUGUUCCCCGGUCACAGACCCACAAGAUUUAUCAAAGAGGGAUUCCACAAAAUUGCAGGGUUCCCAGGCGUGAUUGGCUGUAUAGAUGGCACUCACAUUCCAAUCAUUGCUCCUUCAGUAAAUGAAGGAGACUAUGUGAACAGGAAGUCUUUCCACAGCAUUAAUGUACAGAUCAUAUGUGAUGCUGCCAACAUUAUCACAAAUGUGGAAGCCAAGUGGCCAGGCUCUGUUCAUGACUCACGAAUUUUCCGUGAA